AGGUUGGCUCGUCUUUUCCGCAUCCGCGAGCCAAUUCCACGUCCGCCCCUGCGCCAUGUCCUCUCGUGCCGCAACCGCAGCCGCCGCCGCUGCGGCGGCUCUGCUCGGCUCCGCGGCCUUCGUGGCGCCGCGCGGCGGCGGUGCCGGCGCGGAGCUCGGGCUCCCAGCCCAGCUCGCCGACCAGGGCCUGCUGCAGGACCAGCCGCGGCCGGGCCUGCGCGCGCCGACGGGGGAGGAGGCCGCCCCUGGUCAGUGGGGCCUGCUGGCGGUGGGCGGCCUGGUGUGCGCCGCAGGCGCUCUCGUGCGCAGAGCUGGGUCGAGGCCCACCAGUGGGGCCCUGAGGCGUCUUGUCUCGGUGGCGGCGUUCGAGAACGAGCUGGGCGUGCAGGCGCCCGUGGGCUACUGGGACCCGCUGGGCUUCGCGGCGGACGGUGAUGUGGACGCCUUCAAGCGCCGGCGCGAGGUUGAGCUCAAGCAUGGCCGCGUGUCCAUGUUCGCCACCAUGGGUUACAUCGUGCCAGAGUAUGUCAAGUUCGAGGGAUUCCUGUCCCCAGGCGGCGGGCUCAAGUUUGCCGAUGUGCCGAACGGGCUUGCGGCAUGCUCCAAGGUCCCCGCAGCGGGGUGGUUCCAGAUCAUCCUGUUUUGUGGUUGCUUUGAGGCCGGUUGGGGCUAUGACGAAUACACGAGGGGUGGCGAGCCUGGGAAUUACGGGUGGAAGGUGAUCACGUCGGACGACCCUGCUGUGCUCAAGCGUAAGCUGAACGCAGAGCUGGCAAAUGGUCGGCUUGCGAUGAUGGCCAUCAUCGGCAUGUUCUACCAGGACGGUCUCACUGGAUCUGCAUGGGGCGACUGGGCAAACUAUGCGGACUCUCCUUUGCGAGCGUUCGAGAACGAGCUGGGUGUGCAGGCGCCCGUGGGCUACUGGGACCCGCUGGGCUUCGCUGCGGACGGUGAUGUGGACGCUUUCAAGCGCCGGCGCGAGGUUGAGCUCAAGCAUGGCCGCGUCUGCAUGUUCGCCACCAUGGGCUACAUCGUGCCAGAGUAUGUCAAGUUCCCUGGAUACCUGUCCCCGUCGGCGAAGAUCAGCUUCGAUGACGUGCCCAAUGGCCUGGGUGCGCUCGGCAAGGUGCCCUUCCUCGGCUGGGCCCAGAUCAUCUUGUUCUGCGGCCUGAUCGACUUCGGCCUCUACAGGGCCGACCCGUCCCGGGACCCCGGCGACUACGAGAACGCAGGCAUCCUUGGUGUGCCGAACGCCAGCGGCCCGAUGAGCGACGCAGAGGGCAGGAAGAAGAAGCUGAAUGCCGAGCUGGCAAAUGGUCGUCUGGCCAUGGUGGCCAUCAUGGGCAUGAUGUUCCAGAACGGCACCGUCGGAAGCCGCUGGCCCUGCCAUGUGGGCGUUCGGAUCCUCCGCCUUCGAGAACGAGCUUGGUGUGCAGGCGCCCGUGGGCUACUGGGACCCGCUGGGCUUCGCUGCGGACGGUGAUGUGGACGCUUUCAAGCGCCGGCGCGAGGUUGAGCUCAAGCAUGGCCGCGUCUGCAUGUUCGCCACCAUGGGCUACAUCGUGCCAGAGUAUGUCAAGUUCCCUGGAUACCUGUCCCCGUCGGCGAAGAUCAGCUUCGAUGACGUGCCCAAUGGCCUGGGUGCGCUCGGCAAGGUGCCCUUCCUCGGCUGGGCCCAGAUCAUCUUGUUCUGCGGCCUGAUCGACUUCGGCCUCUACAGGGCCGACCCGUCCCGGGACCCCGCGACGCUGAGGGCAGGAAGAAGAAGCUGAAUGCCGAGCUGGCAAACGGUCGUCUGGCCAUGGUGGCCAUCAUGGGCAUGAUGUUCCAGAACGGCACCGUCGGAAGCGCUGGCCCUGCCAUGUGGGCGUUCGGAUCCUCCGCCUUCGAGAACGAGCUGGGAGUGCAGGCGCCCGUGGGCUACUGGGACCCGCUGGGCUUCGCUGCGGACGGUGAUGUGGACGCUUUCAAGCGCCGGCGCGAGGUUGAGCUCAAGCAUGGCCGCGUCUGCAUGUUCGCCACCAUGGGCUACAUCGUGCCAGAGUAUGUCAAGUUCCCUGGAUACCUGUCCCCGUCGGCGAAGAUCAGCUUCGAUGACGUGCCCAAUGGCUUGGGUGCGCUCGGCAAGGUGCCCUUCCUCGGCUGGGCCCAGAUCAUCUUGUUCUGCGGCCUGAUCGACUUCGGCCUCUACAGGGCCGACCCGUCCCGGGACCCUGGCGACUACGAGAACGCAGGCAUCCUUGGUGUCCCGAACGCCAGCGGCCCGAUGAGCGACGCUGAGGGCAGGAAGAAGAAGCUGAAUGCCGAGCUGGCAAACGGUCGUCUGGCCAUGGUGGCCAUCAUGGGCAUGAUGUUCCAGAACGGCACCGUCGGAAGCGCUGGCCCUGCCAUGUGGGCGUUCGGAUCCUCCGCCUUCGAGAACGAGCUGGGAGUGCAGGCGCCCGUGGGCUACUGGGACCCGCUGGGCUUCGCUGCGGACGGUGAUGUGGACGCUUUCAAGCGCCGGCGCGAGGUUGAGCUCAAGCAUGGCCGCGUCUGCAUGUUCGCCACCAUGGGCUACAUCGUGCCAGAGUAUGUCAAGUUCCCUGGAUACCUGUCCCCGUCGGCGAAGAUCAGCUUCGAUGACGUGCCCAAUGGCCUUGGGUGCGCUCGGCAAGGUGCCCUUCCUCGGCUGGGCCCAGAUCAUCUUGUUCUGCGGCCUGAUCGACUUCGGCCUCUACAGGGCCGAGGGCCGACCCGUCCCGGGACCCCGGCGACUACGAGAACGCAGGCAUCCUUGGUGUCCCGAACGCCAGCGGCCCGAUGAGCGACGCUGAGGGCAGGAAGAAGAAGCUGAAUGCCGAGCUGGCAAACGGUCGUCUGGCCAUGGUGGCCAUCAUGGGCAUGAUGUUCCAGAACGGCACCGUCGGAAGCGCUGGCCCUGCCAUGUGGGCGUUCGGAUCCUCCGCCUUCGAGAACGAGCUGGG